UGGUUUCAAAAUGGAUGACGCCAGACCUCGCAGUGGAGUACGCGCGAACAAUUUUGACCAUCCCAUCAGAAACGACCGAAUCACGUAAAUCAAAAUGUACAACUCCGUAAAAUGGAGAGAACAAAACCCAUAUGCACGACGAAUUCAACGUAUACGGAUCACAAUCGAACGUUUUUGAACGAAACAUAUUUAAAUUUCACAUUUGACAGCUUCGUGUUUGACAGAAAUGACAGUUCGGGUUUGACAGAUGGUGUGUAUAAUCUGUGGGCGUUGACGUUGAUAGUGUUCCCAUUGUUAACGCUGUUUGGUAAUGUGUUGGUGAUUUUAAGUGUGGCAAGGGAAAAGAGUUUACAGACCGCUACAAAUUAUUUCAUUGUUAGUUUGGCUGUUGCGGAUCUUUUAGUCGCAGUUGUUGUGAUGCCAUUUGGAGUAUAUUAUUUGGCUAACGGAGUAUGGGGCCUGCCAGCAGUGGUGUGCGAUUGUUACAUCGCGAUGGAUGUCACGUGCUCAACGUCCAGUAUAUUCAACCUCGUCGCUAUUUCAGUUGACAGGUACAUAGCCGUCACACAGCCAAUAAAGUACGCGAAACACAAAAGCAACCUUCGCGUCUGGGUCAUGAUCGGAGUGGCCUGGCUGGUCUCCGCUGCGAUAGGCUCCCCCGUGGUCCUGGGGCUGAACAACACGCCAGACCGCAGUCCACACCAAUGCCUGUUUAAUAGCACAGACUAUGUCAUCUUCUCCUCACUCGGAUCCUUCUAUAUACCGUGUAUCAUCAUGAUGUUCCUGUAUUAUAGGAUUUUUAAGGCGAUCCGGCAGCGCGCGAAAAAGCAGCGCACAGCCAAGACAUCAUCCACCAUAAGUUCUGCCAUAUCUUCGGGACCAACGGCGGUGAUCAUAGAGAAUGUUGCGCAGACGCACCGGUACGAUGUGACGUUGGAGGACAGACCCACGAACACAGCCUCUGGGAGCAAUGAUGAUGACGAUGACAAUUAUGAUAAAUCAGAGAUAGGAGUAUAUCCAGAUGACUUGGCGCACACUAGAUCGGCGAGGUUCAUGCUGGCUGCUGUAGUGGAGGAGACAGGCCUAAUAAUGGCGAACCUAGCGUCCCCGAUCCCCAUGGUGGAUCCGAACACCAAUAACGACUCUGGAUACGUGCCUUCCAACAUGGACGUGGACAGAGAGCACUCCCCCCCUCCCUCGCCUGGGAAACGGGAGGAGAGGAAACCGGAGUUGAAGAAAAAGCUCAGUCGUUUAAGCAACAGUUCGCUCAUCACCACACCGCGAAGACGGUUCAGGUCAGCAGCAUCAGCGGCCAGGUUCACGAUAUUCAGAGCGAAUAGAGCCGGCAAGAUGAGAGCCAAGUCGUUCGCUAAGAAGGAGAAGAAGGCAACCCAGACAUUGGCCAUUGUUUUGGGUGUAUUCCUCUUCUGCUGGGCGCCAUUCUUCACUUGCUCAGUACUGGAUGCCCUCUGCACCAAAUUCGGGCUGAACUGUUCUCCAGGAGUCACCGUGUUCAUCCUCACCACUUGGCUCGGUUACAUCAACUCCUUCCUCAAUCCUGUGAUCUAUACUAUCUUUAACCCGGAGUUCAGAAAGGCGUUUAGGAAGAUACUACGUUGUUCUUAAGUUUUUAUAACUGUUUAUAAUUUCAACUUCGA